AUGCGGGGCCCCGGCGCGGCCGUGCAGCUCUUCCUCGGCCCGCUGCUGUGCCUCUGGGCGCUGCGGCUCCCGGCGGGCAACGGCGCGGCUGCCCGCGGGCUGGACGUGGCUUCCUACCGGGAGCGGGUGCGUGCCAUGUUCUACCACGCCUACGAGCACUACCUGGAGAGCGCCUUCCCUUACGACGAGCUGCGGCCGCUGACGUGCGACGGGCAGGACACCUGGGGCAGCUUCUCCCUGACCCUGAUCGACGCCCUGGACACCCUGCUGAUCCUGGGAAAUGUUUCCGAGUUCCAGCGAGUUGUCAACGUGCUGCAGGAGGGGGUGGACUUUGAUAUUGAUGUCAAUGCGUCUGUCUUUGAAACGAACAUCCGAGUGGUGGGAGGGCUCCUCUCUGCUCACCUGCUCUCCAGGAAGGCCGGGGUUGAAGUGGAAGCAGGCUGGCCGUGCUCGGGACCUCUCCUGAGGAUGGCUGAGGAAGCAGCUCGCAAGCUGCUGCCAGCUUUCCAGACCCCAACUGGGAUGCCCUAUGGCACAGUGAACCUGCUGCAUGGAGUGAACCCUGGGGAGACCCCAGUGACGUGUACUGCUGGAAUUGGCACGUUUAUAGUGGAGUUUGCCACCUUAAGCCACCUCACUGGUGAUCCAGUGUUUGAGGACGUUGCCAGGAAGGCUUUGAAGGCACUGUGGAAAAAUCGCUCGGAUAUUGGGCUGGUGGGGAACCACAUCGAUGUGAUCACUGCCAAGUGGGUGGCCCAGGAUGCUGGGAUUGGGGCAGGGGUGGACUCCUACUUUGAAUACCUGGUUAAAGGAGCCAUCCUCCUGCAGGACAGGGAGCUGAUGUCCAUGUUUUUAGAAUAUAAUAAAGCUAUCAAAAAUUACACCAAGUUUGAUGACUGGUACCUGUGGGUUCAGAUGUACAAGGGAACGGUGUCCAUGCCUGUGUUCCAGUCCCUGGAGGCCUAUUGGCCAGGCCUGCAGAGCCUCAUUGGGGAUGUGGACAAUGCCAUGCGCACCUUCCUCAACUAUUACACGGUGUGGAAGCAGUUUGGGGGCCUGCCCGAGUUCUACAACAUCCCCCAGGGAUACACCGUGGACAAGAGGGAAGGAUAUCCACUGAGGCCUGAGCUGAUUGAGAGCGCGAUGUAUCUGUACCGUGCCACGAGAGACCCCACACUGCUGGAGCUGGGGAGAGAUGCUGUGGAGUCCAUCGAGAAAAUCAGCAAGGUGGACUGUGGGUUUGCAACUAUCAAAGACUUGAGGGACCACAGGCUGGAUAAUCGCAUGGAAUCCUUCUUCUUGGCUGAAACAAUCAAAUACUUGUACCUGCUGUUUGACCCAGACAACUUCAUCCACAAUGACGGCUCAGACUUUGACGUGGUGGUCACACCGUACGGGGAGUGUGUCCUCAAUGCUGGAGGGUACAUCUUCAACACCGAGGCGCAUCCCAUCGACCCUGCUGCCCUGCACUGCUGUAGGAAGCGCAAAGAAGAGCAGUGGGAGGUGGAAGACUUGAUGAGGGAAUUCUACUCACGGAAGAAAACCAAGAAAUUCACUUUAAAAAGAGCUCCUGACCGUGGGGAAGGGGAAAAUGCAAAAGGCCCUGGAGAUGCCUCUUCAGAGAAAGCUGGAGAGAGGAGAAACUCUAAGAAAAGCUCACACUCCCUCCUGAGCUGCCCCAGUCAAUCCUUUAACUCCAAGCUUGCGGUACUGGGCCAGGUCUUCCUAGAUAACACCUGAUCCUCUUUGCAUCAUCAGUUUAAGUUAUUGAAC